UAAACCCUUCGCUCCAGCGCUAUAAAUAUCCGUCCAGUGCCUCUUCUCUUAGUCUUUUCGUGGUCCUUCCAUCGCCUCUCGAAGCCACGGUCGAGGGCUUUCGAUCUCCCCUCUACUUCCCCCUCCCUUUCUCCUUUAGAAACCCUAGGAAUUCCUUUGUUCCUCUCACCCCCUUCAACCCUAGCCUAGGGUUCCCCGUUUUCUUCUUUAUUUUUCUUGCAGAAGCUCGAACCGUCUCCAAACCCUAAUCCGCUGUCUCUGGACUUGAAGAAUGGGUGAAGCAAGGGAAAACGAUGCUUACGAGGAGGAGCUUCUUGACUACGAAGAGGACGAGGAGAAGGCCUCUGACGCCGUUGCGGCCAAGGGUGCUAACGAGACGGCGAAGAAGGGAUAUGUUGGAAUUCAUAGUUCUGGAUUCAGAGACUUCCUGUUGAAGCCAGAGCUUCUCCGGGCAAUCGUAGAUUCAGGGUUUGAGCAUCCUUCUGAAGUACAACAUGAGUGCAUCCCUCAAGCUAUUUUGGGAAUGGAUGUUAUCUGUCAAGCAAAGUCUGGGAUGGGGAAGACUGCUGUUUUUGUUCUCUCAACACUUCAGCAAAUCGAGCCUGUUUCAGGCCAGGUUGCUGCACUUGUUUUGUGCCAUACGAGAGAGUUAGCUUACCAGAUUUGCCACGAGUUUGAGAGGUUCAGCACGUACUUGCCCGAUAUUAAAGUUGCUGUGUUCUAUGGAGGAGUUCACAUUGCAAAACACAAGGAUAUACUGAAGAAUGAGUGUCCUCACAUCGUAGUUGGGACACCAGGAAGAAUACUGGCACUUGCUCGGGAUAAGGAUCUUUCUUUGAAGAAUGUGAGGCAUUUCAUUCUUGAUGAAUGCGACAAGAUGCUUGAGUCACUUGACAUGCGGAGAGAUGUGCAGGAGAUUUUCAAAAUGACACCUCAUGAUAAGCAAGUCAUGAUGUUUUCAGCGACUCUCAGCAAGGAGAUCCGUCCUGUUUGCAAGAGAUUUAUGCAAGAUCCAAUGGAAAUAUAUGUGGACGAUGAGGCCAAACUUACCCUGCAUGGUUUAGUACAGCACUACAUCAAACUGAGCGAGUUGGAAAAGAACCGAAAGUUGAAUGAUCUUUUGGAUGCGCUGGACUUCAAUCAGGUUGUGAUCUUUGUCAAAAGUGUCAACAGAGCCGCAGAGCUGAACAAGUUGCUGGUGGAAUGCAACUUUCCAUCAAUCUGCAUCCACUCUGGAAUGUCGCAGGAAGAGAGAUUGAUGAGGUACAAGGGCUUCAAAGAAGGGCACAAGAGAAUUCUCGUUGCUACUGAUUUGGUUGGCAGAGGGAUUGACAUUGAGCGUGUGAACAUUGUAAUCAAUUAUGACAUGCCAGAUUCUGCUGACACAUACUUGCACAGGGUUGGCAGAGCUGGUCGAUUUGGAACCAAGGGACUUGCUAUUACAUUUGUCUCAUCUGCCUCUGACUCAGAUGUUCUUAAUCAGGUUCAAGAGAGGUUUGAGGUGGACAUAAAGGAGCUGCCAGAGCAAAUUGAUACCUCCACAUACAUGCCAUCGUGACGGCCCUGGCAAUGUACUUUUGUACACUCAAUAAAUCAGACCAAUACUUUAAUGAGCGUAUGGGUGAAUGUGAUGUAAAGGACGGACUAUUUUGUUGAUUGCAGCGCCAGGUAUUAGUUUUGGAUGAUCGUUUGUGAGUGAUGGUACUUGAAUAGACCAUUCCAACAGUAGUUGCUUAUGAGUAGAUUGAUGGUGACCCCCUAUUGGAUCCAGCUUAUAUAUGGAAGAGGAUAUGUAUGUGAUAAUGCGUUAUGAUCUUUAUAAAUCGUCUGGUAGUAUUUAUGCUAUUUCUGUCUGUCUGAUUUUUCUC